AUGGGUAGCACAUUCAAUCCACAGAUUUUAGUGGAAAAACUAGCCAAGCUGAAUAGCUCGCAGACAAGCAUAGAGACUUUGUCACAUUGGUGCAUAUUUCAUAUGAACGAAGCCAAACAAGUUGUCAAAACGUGGGCUACACAGUUCCAUUGCUCUCCUCAUGAAAAGAAAUUGGCAUUUUUGUUCCUUGCAAAUGAUAUUUUACAAAAUAGCAGGCGAAAGGGUUCUGAAUUUGGUGGUGAAUUUUGGAAGGUUCUUCCAGAUUGUCUUCGAGAUGUCACUCAAAAUGGAGACGAGUAUGGAAGGAAUCAAGCACUUCGACUGGUACGUUGA